ACAAACAGAUCAUACGUACCAUGAAGAAUUCCUCCAACGGCGACCAACCCAUCCAAAGCCGUGUCAAGGCCAAGGCUUGGUCGACUGAUUUGUGCGAAUGUUGGAUAAACAUAAACUCAUGUUGCUUGACUUGUUGGUGUCCAUGUGUUGCCUUUGGACGCAUCGCAGAGGUUGUAGACAGAGGAUCCACGUCUUGUGGUGUGAGCGGAGCAUUGUACAUGAUCAUAUUCAUGCUGACCGGGUUCGGAGGAAGCAGUCUCUACUCUUGCUUUUACCGAACAAAACUAAGAGCCCAGUACAAUCUCAAGGAGAGACCUUGUUGUGACUGUUGUGUCCACUUUUGCUGCGAGCCAUGCGCUCUUUGUCAAGAGUAUAGGCAACUUCAAAACAACAAAGCCUUCGACUUGUCCAUCGGGUUUAAAUAA